AUGAGAUGCCUCUCUUUGAUCCGAUCGUCGUCUUAUUCGNAAUCAACAGAGACCAAUGAUAAAGGCCUAAUUACCGUUGUCACAUCUAUUGACAUCACUGCUGCACAACUUGAAAGUCAACUUGAUUCUAAUGGAUAUAAAUGUUUUUGUCAAGCAUGGUCGGCAACAGGUGGAACAUUGAAGUCCAAAACAGCGACCAUCGAAAUUGCUUAUUUGGAUAAAGUAUUCGAAUGGGAACCAUUACGAACAGAUAGUGUUAUUAGUAAAUCAGCGGAAUUACGAUGUCGUCCGCCAAGUGGUAAUCCAUAUCCAAAAGUAACGUGGUUGAAAGAUGGGCACUCAGUUGACAUAAACCGCAAUGGAAGAUUCAUUUUAUCAAAUGAAAAUUCUCUACUCAUCGCGCAAAUCAAAGCAACAGAUGCAGGAAAUUAUACGUGUGUUGCAACAAAUAUUGCAGGCACCUACUCAACUGAGCCAGCAGAACUAAUCGUUCAUGAUGAUCGUGGAUGGUCGGAAUGGCAGCCGUUUUCAGAUUGUAAAGGUGUACCGUGUAGUAUUGGCCGUCAGAAACGUAUUCGUACAUGCCUUAAUCCACCGACAAUUACCAAUCGGCCUAGUUGUGAUGGCGAUCAAAUUCAAGAAAGAGAAUGCCAAGUUACUUGUCCAAAAGAUCUUUCAUCACCACCUUCGGGUGCUAUUAGUCCAACAGACGAUAGUUUUUCUGAAUGGUCUUCAUGGUCUGACUGUACAGGCCCGCCGUGCAAAACAGGUCGUCAGCAACGUAUACGUGCUUGUUUAAAAUCAUCCGUAACUGAUGAUAAAAAGCCUAUUUGUAAUGGUGAACAAAUACAGGAACGUGAAUGUCUUGUCCCUUGUUCAAACAAAACCUCAUCAUCGUCAUCAUCAUCAUUUGCUCCUGUUCGCACAUUAUCAAAUGGUAUGUAUACAAAUUGGACUGAGUGGUCUACAUGUCGCACGUCAGAUUGUACAUCGAUACGUACGCGUCAGUGUUUACAAGAACCCUGUCUCGAUUAUUUAGUUGAGAGUCGACCAUGCAAAGGAAAUCUUUGUUCUAAUAUUGUUAGUAGUAGUAGCGGUACUCUCGUUUCGUCGUCUGCUCUUAAUGUGAUCGUCUACUCAUCGAUUAGUAUCGGUGCUCUCAUCUUCCUGUUACUAACCAUAUUAUUUUUCUUGAUUUGUUGGCGUCGUCGACAACGUUCAACGUCAAAAAAAGGUCUACCGAAAUGCAUAGUGUCGAAAGGCACCAGUAGUAACGGCAGUAGUCAUCUGGGCGUAUGUCAUACUGACAAAACCGAAUAUCCUUUUUACUAUUCGAUUCAACAAGAUACAACAUCCACUAGAUCAUGUGCAUCGCAAAACAAUUCGGUUUCGUUAACAAAUUUCGAUUCAGGAUUAGAAAAAGAGAAAUUAUUGUUACUUAAUGAAUCGCCGUUGAAUCGACAAAUUUACGCCGCUAAAUCGUCUAUACAUCCUGCUACAUUAAGUACAACUAGUUAUGCAUCUCAUCAUAUUAGAUAUCCAUCACUAGCAAGUCAAUCAAUUACAAACGAAAAUCAUUUAAAUCUCAUCUAUGAAAAUAUUCUUCAGUCAUUACCAGAACAUACAGAUCUACGUUAUUUCGCUGUGUCUAUUCUUAAUAACAAAGGUUGUCGACUGGAAAUUCCAAAUACAGGUGUAUCAUUAAUAAUUCCUGAAGAUGCUGUUCUACUCGAUGGCGAUCAUUUAGUAUAUAUUGCUUUAGUUAAUAUCGAAAAUCAAAUGCCAGUGUUAAACAAUGGCCACACACGCCUGUCACCUGUUGUAUUAGUUGGCCCAUCUGAAAUCACUCUAUUGAAACCAGCUGUCCUUUCAUUCGAACAUACAGCUGUAUUGGAAUCUUCGUGGAAAUUGAGUCUGAUGUUCAGUGAUGAUAUUCUCAAUUGGAAGUCUAUUCUCACAUACGGACAAGAAAAUAUAUCGACGCCGGUUUAUUUACAAUUCAAUAACCAACAACAAAUGUCGAUACUUUUUGAAACAAUGGGCGCGUACGCAUUGAUCGGCGAAUCGGUUUCGAAACAUCAUCAUGCGUCGAAAUAUAUUCAAAUGGUUCCAUUCUAUAAUCGUUCAUCGACCGACACGAUAUCUAAUGAAACUGUCUCGACAUUACGUUUACGUUUUCUCGAUGCCACAACGGACGCGUUGGAACGUUGUUUAACCGAAGAAUUCGCGUUACAAAAUUACCUAUGUGACCAACCGAAAGAAUUCGUUCUACAUGAUUAUGAAGAUCAAAUAUGUAUCAACGUGGAUUUGGAACUCUCAUCCACGUCAAGAAUUAACAUUGGCUACAAAGAAAUCCCAUUGAAAACAUUUUGGUCAACAAGAUUUGAUCGAUCGUGCUUUAUUUUUAUUAUUCCUAAUAUACAACUGAAUAAUGAACAUUCAUCAACACCAUUUAUCGACCAUUUAGCUAUGCAUAUCGAUGUCUAUCAGCCGACGAUACUCGACAGUGCAUUACACACACGUUUAUGUAUUAACACACAUAAUUUUCUACAUAAUCCGGGAUAUAAUACAUCUUCGAUACGACAACGUCUUCCUGUGAAAACAAAUAAAGAAGGAUCAAAAUUAUCGUCACUCGUUCGUCAAAAACUUUGUAUAGUAUUAGAUCCACCGAAUUCACUCGGCAAUGAUUGGCGCAUGUUUGCAAAUAAUCUUCUCGGAAUCAAUUAUCUUCAAUAUUUCGCAACAAAAUCCAGUCCAACGGAACAUUUGUUAACCUUAUGGGAAGCACGACAAGAAUCACUCGUUAAUCUGAUCAAUGUGCUUAAUCAAAUUGGCCGUAGUGAUGCUGCUGCUAUUCUUCUCCAACAUUGA